UUUAAAAAAGAGUCUAGCUUACAUUAAUGCUUGCAGUGUAGAUGUCUUAUCAUGUCUAAUCAAUUGAGACACCGACCUAAAUCUAGCUACAAUCCUACCCAUAUUGUUCUAGUUCUUCUAGAGUGAGUGCUGCCAAACAUCUAGAAAAGCAGCAGUCCCUGUGUAAGUGUAAACUAUGGGGAACACUCUUUCUGCCGUCUUCCGCUUUUAUCUACGCCUCUACGUUCCCCUACUGUGACAACGUCAACUACAAUUCAUUGCCUGUAGUAAAGGUGUCAAGGUCUCUACCGUGUACACGUGAAAAUGUACUCAUGACCCGUCACACGCAAAAAGACUCACUGUGACCUUGAACCCUGGCUCGAAUCACCUAACCGAGCUCUUCUGUAAGAAGAGUGAGAAAUUUCAACACAUAGAUGAGCAAUAGCCCAGAUUCUGUUCCGCAUUUGCUUUGACUAACAGGAAGUCCGACAACAAAACGGAAAUUCGGCCACAAUCGCCCUUGGCAGGCAAGAAGAAAUUUCAUGAUAACGUACGGUUAUUCUUUCUUGCUUGGUUAGUUUAGUGUUUGUUUGUUAUUCGUUAUUCGCAUUUUAAGGAUGGCCUUCGAAUAUUUUCUGCUGAAACAGAGACUUUUAAUUUCAAAACAAAUAAUUUGAACGAGCCUACCAUAGGCAUGAUAAUUGAUAUUAUCAGCACUUUCCUUUCGAUGCGAUUUUUUCAGGAUUAAAAAUGAUUUACUGAGGUACCCUACUGUACAAGAUGUAAAGCUGUUGGAACAAGAGGUUUUGUUUCUGAUCGGAACUUUUAUGAAUUUGUUCCAGAAGCGAUAUUAGUCUAUUUGUUGAAUCUCACGCUGUAUUUACCUCUCACUUCCAUAGUUUCAAUACUCCGUCUUUUGGCCGCACUUUGGGUUCUAUUAAUUUGGAAGGACCUGCUUCAGAUUUUUUUAAAAGACCACUAUAUCAGCCCAAAGUAGCAUUUGGAAGCUUAGAUCUAGAAAAUCUACUUAUAAAAGUAAAAGCAACUUUGUGAGUUUUGGAAACAAGAAAGAAUUAAAAAGUCCAACAUCUGUUCAAGCGUUCUCUGCAUUCAGGCUACCAUCGAAUAUGGUAUUGUGACCCCAGGCACUGGGCCUCCGAAGUCUCUGGUGUUUGGUCUCCAUUGUAUAAAUGGCUAUGGCGGACAAGUCGUGCGUUGUCUGGUUGAUCUCUCGAACGAUGUUUUAGUUCCAUCUAUUGGUCUAGAUUAGCAAAACCUGAAAAGUAAAUCACGACCAAAAACAAUUGGGAAAACGCAAGAAAACACAGAGGACUUUACCAACAACUGCUUUUCAACCAGGGAGAUGAAGGACGUGGCAGUGUGUACCCGAGGCAUAAUGUAGAGAGGCUGUCAGUCACCAACAAACAGUGAGAGAGCCGUGCAUACCAGCGGACGGACGGAGGUAACGGAGAGUCCAGGAUGCCGUUCAGGGAAGUGAUGUACAGCUACUUCCUGUCGCUGUACCAGUACGUGCGCACGGCCUGGCCCGUCAGCAUCAUCUACGGCCCCAGCCACGUGGCCCCGUCUGAGGAGACGAGGGAGAAAAUUGGCCGGCUCAUCGCUCUUAUCAAAGGCUCAGAGGUGUGUGAGUAUCCUCCUGGAGAGCGGUGCGGACGUGCACUUGAGGUCAGAGGGCAUCCAGGAGACAGCGCUGCACCGGCUGUACCGACAAAACAUGGACGGUCUGUUCACCAUCUACGACACCACCAAGUACCUGCUCACCACCGGCAUAGAACAGGAGGUGAACGCAUACACCGACCUCGGGGAGACCCCUCUACACAUGCUCAUCUCACACGUGUCGUACACGGGAGGAAACUACGUGGACCCUCAGCGACGCACGCCGCGCGCUCAGCUACAGGACAGCUACCAGAAACAGGUACUGGCUGGCAUCAGACUACUGCUGGAGUUUAACGCCGACCCUCACCUGUUAAACAGCCCGGGCCUGACGUCGCUGAGUCGCAUGCUGCACAUCGGUCUGAAGGCGGUGCACCCUGGGGACAAGUGUGAGUGUGUGGAGAGCUCACAGCCCAACAUGUUCAUCCAGGACUACCGCCACGACUACCACAACCUGGCCGUCGCCAUGGAGACUCUACUCCAGUUUGGCUCCAGACCAAACUUUACUUGUCAAAGUUUGUGAAACUGGCGGGUCACGCGAGUUCCUCCAUGGAAUUUGAAGUAAUGGAGAAGUGGAUUCGAACCCUUCUCCAGUGGGGCGCUGACCCAGAUCUAGAACCAUACCCGUCAGAACCAAUCAUCUGUCACUGCCAGAGCUCUAUCUUCCUGAAGAAACUGGGGACACAGCCGCUAAGUCACUAUAUACAUGAGAACGUGUCUGUCCAGCGCGUGUUGCUCCUGUUCUACCACAGCAUGAGCCACGCAGCACUACACAGCUGUCUGAGCGCGACACGCAGCAUGGUUCAUCUACGCCCCCUCGGCCUGGCCCCGCUCAACGAUGCCCGCCUACACGCCCUCACCCCCACCACCUCCGUGUCCUCGCUGUGCGACGGCAGCCUCGACUUCCUGUCUAUGAUCAACGCCAUGAGCGAGUCUCCGCGGUCGCUGAAGGAGAUAGCGCGGGUGUCCAUCUACAAGUCUAUGGACAGGCAGCUGGCGGGGCGCGUGGAGGAGCUCCCCAUUCCUCACAUCGUCAAGAGAUACCUGAUGGAGGUGUCCUCCUGAGGCACAGUCUUGUGUGUUGUGUGUGUCGUGUGUCUCGUGUCGCGUGUCUCGUGGAGCAGCUCCCAUUCCUCACAUCAUCAAGAGAUACCUGAUGGAGGCAGGGUCCUGAGUCAUCAUCCUGUGUCUGGUGUGUCUCGUGUCACGGCCUGUGUGUACCUCUGUGUGUCUGGUGUGUCCCAUGUCACGGCCUGUGUGUACCUUGGUGUGUCUGGUGUGUCCCGUGUCACGGCCUGUGUGUACCUCUGUGUGUCUGGUGUGUCUCGUGUCACGGCCUGUGUGUACCUCUGUGUGUCUGGUGUGUCCCAUGUCACGGCCUGUGUGUACCUUGGUGUGUCUGGUGUGUCCCGUGUCACGGCCUGUGUGUACCUCUGUGUGUCUG